GACCCUGCAGGGGGUGCUAGUCCAGCAGUUGCAGCGCUGUCGUAUCCAUGCGGAACCUGGUUUGUUUUAGAUUCGAAAGCACGUAUUUUUGCAACAAAAUAUAACUAUUCGGUCUCAAAAACGGUUUGUCAUGAAACUUAACUUUAUUUUUGUGAUCAUCCUUAGUGGAUUGCGUCACGGGGACAGUUAUGUUAUAGUAAAUUCUAUGUCGUGGGCGGUCACGGCAGAAGUAGAGGAGGAAUUGGACAGGUCUUCCAACGAAGACACAAUCCCGGCUCUUUUGGAGGACACUGGUAGCUUUUGGAAGCAGUCGUACCCGGCGUCUGUUAUAAACAGCGAUGUCGAGAGAAGAGCAGCGCCGAACACUGUGGACACCAAACAGAUCUCAACACCGUCGAGGAUGUUCUCAUACAAGAGAGAAUCCGUGAGCGCGGCAGACAGUCCUCCGCCGCAUCCCCACGAUGGGAUAGCAAGGACUGCCCGGUACCUGGCGCAUUACAGCAGCUGGGGCUUUCUAGCCACCAUCUCUACACACGAGAAGAUUAAAGGUGUGCCGUUUGGGAAUAUUUUCUCAAUCAGUGAUGGUCUUCCUGACAACAGCACAGGGAUUCCUUUAUUUUACGUCACUCCAAUGGACAACAGUGUGGCAGACCUGAUGAACAACUCCUUGGCUUCUCUGACAUUCUCUGAAGCAGAAGGGGACUACUGCAGAGAGAACGUGAUUGAUCAUGAGGACCCCAGGUGUGCCAGGUUAACCCUGACUGGCCAGAUGGUGGCAGUAGAGCGUGGUGAACUGGAGUUUGCUGAAGAAGCAAUGUUCUCCAGGCAUCCUGUUAUGAGGAAGUGGCCAGUCAGUCACAAUUGGUUCUUUAUGAAGCUCAAUAUUAAACAGGUGUGGCUUCAGAACUGGUUUGGAGGAGUCUACGCGAUCCCAUUGGAGGAUUACUUCAAAGCCAGCCCGACUAAAUCCUAAUUUAGAUAUUUUAAUCUUUGGUUUUACCACUAGUUAUAUGAAACUUUUUUUUUCUCUUUUGCAUACACAAACACAGAAAUACUUGGCAUUGUAUUCAUUGGGAACGGCUGCAUAUAUUUUGAAGAAAUCAAUUUUAUUUUUUAAACACAAAUCUUGUCUGUUUGGUAAUGCACAGGACUGUAUUUGAGUGAAAUAAAUAUGCUUUAAUAGUUGAAGCUAUCAGUGUAGAUACUUAGUAAGUCCUACUUUGUUUAAAACCAGGACAAAUAUUUGAAGUUUCUAAGAACCUGUGACUGUAAUCGUUUACUGAUUCUCUCACUAGGUACACAUUCAGUAAUAUUGCUUGGAUGGGUUUUAUGCCUUGACAGAAGAAUUAAUAUGCUAUGCCACUAAGUCACAUAUUCCUUCUAAUUUAAGACGCAGACCAAAUUUACCACCCUCAGUUUGAGGAAAAAAUAAAACAUUAAAUAAAUAUGCAGUUACGCUGUUGUAUUGUUCAAAACUGACAGGAAACAAUGUUGUUGUGGAUUAACCACAGAGCCUGUUUAUUGUGCUGCACAAUCUCGGUCGUACACACACCACCACUCACUAACAGCAUCACACCUCCUGGCAACAGCAAGCACGACAGAACACUCCACGGCAUCAGGCACCAUGUAACCCAGCAACCGCGACAACAAAAUACGGGGGUCUGAUUAGCAUUGCCAAUCUGUCCAAGCUGGUACUGUU